AUGUCGUCUGACACGAUUUCAUUCCUUCACACUCUCGGGAAACUGAAGGAAACCGAACGAACCGGCUGGGUUGAGGCGGGCAUUCCCAAACCAGAGUCGGUGUCAGACCACAUGUAUCGCGCAGCCGUCAUGUGCAUGAUGUGCCCCGACACAUCACUUGACAAAAAUAAGUUGAUCCGCAUGGCGCUCUGCCACGACGCUGGGGAGAGCAUCAUUGGUGACAUAUCACCGAAGAUGGGUGUGCCCAAGGAUGAAAAGUACCGUCAGGAAAAGGCAGCAGUAUUGCAUCUUAGCAGUCUGCUUGGGGGGGACUCUCCCCUCUCAAAUGAGCUGUCGCAAUUCUGGGAAGAGUACGAAGCACAGAAUUCGCCUGAGGCGCAGUUUCUGAAAGACAUUGACCUUCUAGAGAUGGUGACACAAGCACACGCAUAUGAGAAGGCGUACCCGGAAAAAGACCUUGGUUCGUUUUUUAAGUCAGGCGAAAAGAUCAAACAUCCCUGGGCGCGAGAAAUCUUUGAAACACUGCAGAAUACGCGUCCAGCACAAAAAGACCGCGUUGCACAGGAAUGA